AUGCCACCCAAACACAUCGCCAUCAUCACCAGCAGCACGCGCACUCCACGCCUCAACCCAGCCAUCACCCAUUACGUCUAUGACGUCCUAACCAACGACCCCACUCUCCCAACUCAAAAGCCCUCUCCGACCGCCCCAGAAACCAUCGACACCGACCCGCGCCAUAUCACAUUCACAAUCCUCGAUCUCGCCAAACAAUCCCUCCCCCUCUACGACGAAACCGUCAUCCCUGCGAGCCUCCCCGCCGACAAUCCAACACCACAUUACACAAAACCCCACACGCGCGCCUGGUCUGCCGUCGUCCGCGAGUACGAUGCUUUCAUCUUCGUAACGCCCCAGUAUAACUGGAGUAUCCCGGCCAGUCUGAAGAAUGCGCUAGACUAUCUAUUUCAUGAGUGGAAGGGGAAGCCGGCGGGGAUUGUAUCGUAUGGGUCGCGGGGGGGAGGGAAGGCCGCAGAGCAUUUACGAGGUAUAUUGACGGGAUUGAGGAUGCGGGUCGUUGGGACGGCGCCUGGUCUGGCUGUGAAGUUUACGGGGUUGCCGGUAGGUGCGCUGUCGGAGGAGCAGGUCAAGGUUGAGUUGGAUGCACGAGAUGUGGAGGGUUGGAGGGAGGCCGGGGUGGAAGGAAUGAUGAGGAAUUUGGGAAUGGAAUUGGUUUGUCAAUUGGAUCAAGAGUAG